AACGGUCAUUUUUGGUCGGUAACUGUCAGAUUUGUCGUUAAUUUUUCAAAAGUUUUGUGUCACAAUAUUGUUUUUCUUUGAAUAUUUGCGAAAUUCGUGUAUCAUUAAAAGCCCCUGUAAAUUGUAAUUAUAUUUAAAUAUUGCUUCGUGUAGUUUUUAUAAAUCAUAUUUCUAUUCGAUAUAGUAAAAUAUCACCAUAGAUUAAAAACAAAUUGUAACUAUUUUAUAUUUCAAUAGUUCGUUGACAGAGCGGUAAAACCUGGGUAAAACAAAAGAGAGUGCGGGACGCGAUAUUUAUAAAAAAAGAUAAAUACGGCUGCAGCAAAUUAACAUAUUUCUCUGAUAUUUCAUAAAAUAAUUCCUAAUUAACAAAUCAUGAGUACAGAAAACAAUGGUGCAACUUUAGUAACUCUAGAGCGAGUUAUUUUAAAAAAUUUAGAUCCAAACUUAAGUAAUAUUUUAAUUGUGGGCAUAAUCAUCGCAAAACAACGUCCACGGAUAAUUGAAGCACAAGAAAACCAACAAGGCGCCUCUAGAGCUGUCUGGAAUUUUACUUUUCGAGAUUCCUUAAAACAUUAUAUUAAUGCAACGUACUGGGGUAGCGCAGAACAUAUUCUACAGGAAAGUGAGAAAUAUCAUACAGGAGACGUCGUUGAAGUAAUUAAUCCACAAGUGAUGGUAAGAAAACUAGAUGAUCGUUCUGAAUAUUUCCACCCAAUGGUUACAUCGCCGUAUAAGUUAUCUCUGAGUGAUAGGUCAUAUUUAUCUAUUCAUCCAAACCCAGAGGCUUACAUAGGAUUAUUGAGAUACCCGACUAAACCUACCACCGUGUUUGUUCCUUUUCAAAACAUUCAUAAUAAUGGUUCUGGCCUGAACUAUGUUGAUAUACUCGGCGCUGUUCGAAAUUUAGGACAAAUAAGAAUGAUUAAUUCCAAAAAUGGCGAACCUAUCCAAGUUCGACAAAUAGAUUUGUUUGAUCAUACUUGUUCUAGUCUUAAAGUCACUUUAUGGGAACCUGAUAUGAUCAAUCGAUCAAACAACUGGAAGCCACGGAGUUCUAUUUUAUUUUUUACCGAUGUUAAGAUCGAAUGGUCUAGUUUCUUACAAGCUUACGUUGCCAAAACAACGGGUCGUACAAUUUUGACAGAGAAUCCUAUAAGCAAAGAUGGCGAAUCUUUAUUUGAGUAUGCCCAAACUGCUCCUAUAGAAACCUUCGAUAUUGUUGCGCAGUUAAUAGCUUCUGUGCCUACCAGUACUUUAAAUGAUGAUAUACUAAGCGUAAAACAACUACAGGACCGGAUUAAUAGUCUUCUUGACUCCAAACUUAGCGGCAACAAGUCCUUUACAGCCACGGUACUUGCUUUUGUCAGUCACUUAGACUUGGAUGGUCUUUCUCAGACCUUGUUAAUUAAGUGCGGUUACUGUAAGACGACUAUUGAUACCACGCGAUGUGCUAACCCUUCUUGUCCAAAAGACGAGCAUGUGCCCCCAGAAGUAACGUUCGAUAUUCAAGUGAUGUUGACGGAUCAUACUGGUACUCUUACUAACUGUCGCCUUACCGGACACUCUGCAGAAAUAGCAUUAUGUUGCACAGCUACAGAAUUUUCUUCGAUGUCAGACGACCAAAAAUGCGCAUUAAAAUGGAAGUACUUACUAGAGCGCUGUAAAGUCCGAUUAGCAGUGGUUUUUAUGAUGGCCCCAAGACCUGUUAUAUCUAUAGUACAAAUUCAAUCUGCAGCUUUGGAUGAUGUGGCUAGAACUUUACCGCUUUGCUGAUCCGUAUGCUUUUAAAAUAAUUGAAAAUAAUAUAUUUCGUUUUAGUGUAGUUUAUUUUAUAGACAAAUGUAUUAUUCUUUAUCUAGAUACAAAAUAAUUUUUAUAACCGUCAAUCAAUCUUUUAUAUAAUCAAAAAAAAACAACGUUAAAAUUUAUGAUCGACGAUGUUAACCGUAUAAUUUUGCAUAAAAUUCCCAUCGGCCACCAAACGUCACUUUUAAGUUUUAAGGCACAUUGACGCUUUUUCUCGAUCAUAUGCAUAUCAUAGGCUUCUGAGUUAUGACAAAUAAGUGACGGUUAUAAAAAAAUAAUCGAAUUUUAAGUUAAAUUCGUGUGUUACACUAGAUUAUAGAUAUUAGACAUUAAAUAAUGGGUUAUUAGAUACUAAAAGGAAUUCGAUUUACGUUAGAACAUAUAGUUUACUGUUAGUUGCACUAAAAUUGAAAACAGUUAACUGAUUCUGGAUAAAAUUAAUUUUAAACGAUUUAAUAACCAGGUUUAUCACUACCAUUCCAUUGUCAAAAUAUCUACUGUUUAC